AUGAAGAAUAGGAAUUCAUUUUUAGAUGAAGAAAAUCUAUAUUUUUCAAGAUCUACUGUUUAAUAAUUAAAACCUCAGAUUGAUUAAAUAUUUGAUAUUAAUUUGAGAGAACCUCCAAUAUUAAAAAAGUAAUCAAAAAGUUAAGGAAAGAUAUUUAAAAUGAAUGAUUAGGAUAAAAAGAAAAUAGAUUACUUAGUUUCUUUAGGUUUAUAAGAUAAUAUUUAUGAAAUAAAAUAUCCAUAUUUCAAUUUCAUUUAUAAUGUUAAAUUACCAGAUUAAUUGAUAAGGAAAUGGAGUAUAAGAAGCAUUAGUUUUAACAAAGAUAAAUUAAUUGUGGAUGUUUUUCAAGGACAAUAUAUGAAAAAAUAGAAAGAUAUUAAUACAAAAAAUGAAUAGUUUUUAUAUCCUGCAAUAAUUGGAACUCAAAAGUGAUUGCAUUAUAAUUUUAGGUUAGAGCAAGAUCAAUUAUAUUUGAAUAGUAUCAUUAAUGGAUUCAUGGUUGAAGGUAGAGUAUAAAAACAACUUUAAGUAAAUUUAAAAUGAAUUUUAAGUAUCCUCUGAGAGAUAAGCAUGCCAAUUUAUAUCUUUGGAGUGGCUUAUUAUUUUUAUUGAAGUUUAUAUAUAGAUUUUAUCAAAUAGAAUCUAAAUGA